UUCAAUACCUGGCUGUAUUUUAAAUAUUGUUAUCUAAAUAAAUGUUUGCUGAUCAGAACAUACCUUUUACAUCAGUGUGUAAGCAUCCUGGCCCAGUCGGCAGAGGAGAAGCACGUACCUACGCUGCAAGAGGUGGUGGAGGCCGGCCUCAGUCUAGAAGGAGGACUCUGCUUAACUCUGAACACAUUCGCUUGCAUCCUCCUCCGAGUCCUUCGGUUUAAAGUAGAGUUCGUCGAUGGGUGCUACAGUGCUCUUGGAAACUCCCACAACCACGUAUUUCUUCUGAUUAAAGAUCUCAGGCAUGAUAACGACGAUUACAUCAUCGACGUUGGCAACGGGUUUCCAUUUGAAGAUCCAAUAGCUGUGAACGAACUUCCCUGUACUCGACACUGCGCUGGACUGGAAUAUAAAUACGAGUGGCAGGACGACGUCGGUGGUUUCAUUCUCAGGUUGCAUCGAAUGGGUGACGACGUUCCAGAAUGGGAAAAUGCUGUUAUUCGUGGGGGAUGGCGUCAGGUCUUCCAUUUUAAUCUAAAACCAGUCACAUUUGAUUACUUCCAUCCUUACAUGGAAGGAAUCUAUGUGGAUGAAGUUGGGUGCGAUUUUCACUCGACGAUACGGGCAGUUCGUUUUCCAUCAUCAGGAAAGAAUGAGCGAACGAUGUUGGCUUUCAAGAACCAGUCUUUCCUUACUGGUCCAAUGGACAGAGCACAAAAGACACGGAUUGCGUAUGAAGAACUGCCCGGCAAGAUCAAAGAGAACUUCCCAACUAUUCCUCAGUCUAAAAUAGAUUUAGGGGUCAAAAACUGGUUAAAAAUCACAGAAGCAAAGAACAGUUAGGCCAUUUACGAAUCACUGAACAAGACCUACUACGUACAACCUGCAGCGACCAUGUUCAAGAGCAAGCAUAAAAACACCAGCAAGAGAAACUGAAAUGCAGCCUGAUACACUAACAACAAUACAGUAUAUAAUUAUCUUUCCUAAAAGCAAAAAUAUUCAGACUUAUAAAUAAUGCAGUUCUUCUAUACCUCUCACAUGUGACCUUCUAACACUAUAAGGACAAAAAAUAAACAACUAAUGGGAGGUUGAAACCACCAUUGAAACUAAUGGUCAAAUAAUGUUUUAUAAAUUUGUUCUUAUUGUUUAAACUUUCCUCUAUGAUGUUAUUUCGGUCCAUUGCUGUCAGACAAACCAGUUCAUUGUAAUUUUGUAAAAUUAAUCUUUUUGUGCCUGAUUAGACAUUAUUUAAGGCCAGGACUGUAGGGUGGUUGGAUUCUCAUACCGUAAGACACGUCUGAUUCUUAUAACAUACCUCUGCAUGCACCUCAUGACUGCAAUAUUAUGAACUUUCUUUUAUAUGCAAGUCGGUUGCGGUGGCCGCAAACUACACCCUCGUUUAUCUCGACCUGGGACUGGUGGGAAUUACUAUGGUCUUGUAGAAUUCACGUCAGUAGCAAAAAUACUGCUUUCUGUUUGAUGAGAGUGCACUUUACUCCUCAGUUCCUACUCUUAUUCUAAUUUGUUAUGAUCCGAAUGGAGACCAGCUACCUUACCUUACUAGGGCAAAAAGUGCUUAAAAUGUCUUUCCCCCAUUUAAUUCUCAGUGUUUAUAAGAAAUAAUUUCUCGAGAAAAUUUCUUGUGACUGCAAGCAGCUACUGGUAGAUUGGGACCCAAUUUAUACCUAAGGUAAAAGUAGUUCCCAUAUUGGUUCUAUAGGACCAAGCACGAACUUCAGAUACUAACACUAAAUAGCUACAGAUCUUAACUCUGGCUAGAAUACACACGUGAAAAUAUUCUUAAACUUGGCGACCUAUUGCCCCCUACUUAUAUUCAGGAGUGUGGGGGCCAACAUAUCAAUUGUAACCCCCACUUUUUUCUUCCAAGUUUUAUAUAGUAGAUGCUAGAAAUGAUGCUAUUAAUAAUACUAUUAAAUAUAGUAUACUCAACAAAAACAAGUAUGAAAUAUUAAAACAAUAAAGAAAUAGUUGUGUAUUUUUUCAUUAUGUUCGUGGUCAGAUUAAAUGUUUAUUUAAA